CCGAACCCCUCCUUUGCCAUCUUGUGUACCGUAGCAGCGGCCAUUAUGACGCUAUGUGUCACAAAUGAUCUUUUGGAGAAAAGUACUGUGGUGCGAAACACAGAUAAUGUUGGGGGAAGUUGCAUGCAAAGUUGAGCGCGCAGGUCUAUACAUAUCCAAGCUAUGGAUAUCCAUGGUGCAAACACUGCAAAAGAUCAUGAGAGUAUGGUGCACAUCGCCCAGCCGAUAUCGUGCUUUGUUCGGCCCGACGGUGAACCAUACAGUACUAGUAGUCCCUAUCGGAUUUAAACCCCCUGUAUACAACUGCUGUAUUUUGUACCUGGAUGAAUGAGAAGAGCAACAGGACAACAGACUUCGGCGAUGAACGAAAGCAAUCAACAUGAAACUUCAGAUCGUUGAGCCAGUGGUUAGUGGUGGCUUGAAACGAACACCGUCGGCGGCUUAUUUUGAAUUGCAGGAGACUUCGCACGAGUUUGCCGACACUCACUCCCUCCGUCCAACGCAAGUCGUGUGCUCUGCACUAGAGAUUCGUAUAGAAGAAAAGCGCAGGUGCUCAGAGUAAGGCAGAGAGUUGUUGAUUGACAGCUUGAAGGUCGCGUUCGCUAAUGGCGGAAGCGUUUCAACAACUCGUUCUCGAUGGUGACGGACAGUCAUCGACCUUUACUUUGACCGGGUCCACCUUACAAGUUCAACGCCCCGUGGGCAGGAAAGGCCCGCAGAUUCAAUUCGAGACGCCAUUGCGACAAGUACUAUGGGCAGAACUCUCGGAGGACAACACAUUCAACGUCUCUUUUCUCAAUAAGAAGAAGAAAAAGAAAGGAUCUCUGUCUCUUAUACACAUUACCGGACCCAUCAAGGACAAUGAAAGGGAGAAUGUAGCCGAUUUCGUAAAGGCUCUUAUGGAUUCGUCGUAUCAAGGUGUCAGCCAACGAAGACGGCUUAUGCUGCUUGUGAAUCCUCGUAGCGGUCCGGGCAAGGCACGGUCUAUCUACAUGAAGAAGAUCGAGCCGCUCUUCCGAGCAGCUCGUUGUGAGGUCGACCUGACCUACACGACACAUUCCAAACAUGCCACUGAGCUAGCCCGCUCUCUUGCGGUGGGCCAUUAUGACGCUAUCGUAACAAUGUCGGGUGACGGUCUCAUCUACGAAGUUCUGAACGGUCUGGCGGAGCAUGCUAGCCCAAUACAAGCCUUACAAACCCCUAUAACGCCUAUACCCACGGGCUCAGGUAACGGUUUAGCCUACAACUUGCUAGGACUGCAUGAAGGCGGAGACGUAUCCGCAGCUGCGCUGAAUGCUAUCAAAGGCAAACCAAUGCCUAUAGAUCUAUUCUCUGUCACCCAGAAUGGUCAACGCACACUCUCCUUCAUGUCUCAAUGUAUCGGUCUCAUGGCCGAGUUGGAUCUCGGGACCGAGCAUUUACGAUUUAUGGGGAACCAUCGGUUUGUGUAUGGCUUCGUUCGCGGCAUUGCACGCAACAGAGCUUGUCCCGUCAAGUUGCAAAUCAAAGUCGCCGAGUCCGACAAGAAAGCAAUGUUUCAGUCGUUCAAAGAGACCCGUGCCCGAGCUAUCUCUAAUUCUUCGCCGCAACUUGUAGAAGACAGUACUGCCGAUGGCAACUCGGAGACGAACGGUAACGCCAAUGCUAAAGACUCGACGUCUCUUCCGAGUCUCAGAUUCCAUGAAGAAGAUCCGGUCAACGACGAAGGUUGGAUCACCUUCGAUAAGCCCGUGUCAUACAUAUACGCUGGUAAAGGACCCUUCGUCUCUCGCGAUUUCAUGCAAUUCCCCGUCUCAUUACCGAACGAUGGCUGUAUUGAUGUCGUCGUCCAAGAAGUGGCACCACGUAGCCAGAUGUUAUCGGCUAUGGAUGGAGCUGAGAAAGGAAUACCUUAUUGGAAGCUUGAAAGCCAACACUACUUCAAGGCCAAGGCAUAUCGCGUAGUGCCACACACUUCUGCUAGCUGCCUAUCAAUAGAUGGAGAGAAGUAUCCAUUUGAACCUUACGCACUUGAGGUGCACCCUGGUCUUGGCGCAUUAUUAAGCCCUUAUGGCACCUAUCAUACUGAUUUCGAUGCUCUGUCUUAAGUUGCUUUACGCAGCCACCGUAGCGUAUCUGUUUCGCCAUCUUUCUAGAUCUUAGUUGAAGCGUCGUGGGGUUUUGUUGUUGGACUUACAUUAGUAUAUCAUCUACCUGUCGGCUACUACACCUUCCAGUGCACAUAUUAAUAUUCAUGGACUAUGCAUGUAUUCGAUGGAUUGCAGUUGCUAGGAUAUACGACGAAAGAAAAUGUAGCGAGUGUGUUUGCUAUAGCGACCAAAAAUCACGAGUAUACAGAGUCCGUAGUAGUAAUCACAGUCCAUGGAUAUUCCUCGAAAGAUGAUAAUGUACGAUAGUAAAAGUAAAAGUCCGCAGUGCAAAAGAUAAUAAAUCUAGAAGUCAGUCCACACCCCUUUAUAUUCAUAAUUCCUCUAGGUCGUGAUCAUGGGCGCG